CUUCACCACCCCGCCGCCCCCCCCACCUCGUCAAGUCCGUUCCGUUCUCUCCCACCACGCCGCACCCGAUCCCGCCGCCUCCGCCUCCGCCCCAGGUGGCUUGCACCACCGCCGCCGCACCGCUGCUGGGCCGCCCCGACCGCCGAGGACGCGCGCCCCCGAUCCGGCUUGCGGCGCGCGGCCGCGCCCACCCGGAUCUAACGGUAGGUCGGUCGCUCGCUGCCGCGGGCUGUUGCUCCGACCGCUUGGGUACGGCUCGCGGCUGCGCACGCGGGGAGGUGCGGAGCCUUCGUUAGCGCUCCGAGAUGGCGGCGCCGCCGGCGAGGGCCCGGGCCGACUACGACUACCUCAUCAAGCUGCUCCUCAUCGGCGACAGCGGUGUUGGGAAAAGUUGUCUCCUUUUACGGUUCUCAGAUGGCUCCUUCACCACUAGCUUUAUCACUACCAUUGGGAUCGACUUCAAAAUAAGAACAAUUGAGCUUGAUGGUAAGCGCAUAAAGUUGCAGAUCUGGGAUACUGCUGGCCAAGAACGUUUUCGAACUAUUACAACUGCCUACUACAGGGGUGCAAUGGGCAUUUUGCUUGUCUAUGAUGUUACCGACGAGUCGUCGUUCAAUAAUAUAAGAAACUGGAUUAGGAACAUUGAGCAACAUGCUUCCGAUAAUGUGAAUAAAAUUUUGAUAGGCAACAAAGCCGACAUGGAUGAAAGCAAACGGGCUGUACCAACUUCUAAAGGGCAGGCUCUUGCUGACGAGUAUGGCAUCAAGUUUUUUGAAACGAGUGCAAAGACCAACUUGAAUGUGGAGCAGGUUUUCUUUUCAAUAGCAAGAGAUAUCAAGCAAAGGCUAGCGGAAACCGACUCAAAGCCAGAGGAGCGUACGAUCAGUAUUAACAGACCUGAGGACGCAUCGACACCACAGAAGUCGGCUUGCUGUGGGUCCUGAGUGGGUUCUGUUGUCACACGGCGGAUAAGAUACUGGUGACACGAUGCUUGUAAUUUACCCUUUUACCCUUUUCUCUGGCUGUCAUCAUGUGCCUUAAUCACAAUUGCUUGGGUUCAGAUUUCACUGUGAACAAUUUUAGCUGAAACACUGGUAGAAAUGCAAAUGGUCUCGACUCAAUGUUCUGGUGUGUGCAAAACUGCAGAUCUAUUAGGAGACCAUUUCAUUUCUAAUCAAUGUAUAGACAUAAUUUUAUCCUGGUGGUUGUCAAAAUGCUUGCCAAAUUGUUACAACUA